GGACAAGGUUCCACUCGCCGCCCGGCUUUCAUCUUACUAUCGCAUAUCUACAUUUUCUAAUAAACCGCAAUCAUGGCUGGCAACUGGGACGACGAGGAGUCUAGUGGCUCUUCCCCCAGCUCUCCCCAAAUUAUCGCCCGUCGCAGCAAGUUCGACGACGAGGAGGAGGAAGGCGAUGUCCUUGAUUCCUGGGAUGCCGCCGAGGACUCGGAAGUCGAGAGAGAAAAGGCAAAGAAGGCCGCAGAUGCAAAGGCCAAGGCCGAAGAGGAGGCAAAGAAGAACCACAAGUCCAAGAGUCAGAGAAUAGAGGAGAGAAGGCAAGAGAACAUGCGUAAGAGGCUGGAGGAUGCCGACUUUGACAGCGAAGACGACGAGGAUGAGGCCGAGCGUAAGGCCAGACUGCGCAGAGAGCAGAAGGAGUCCGACCUUAAGCACGCCGAGGAUCUGUUUGAGGGCAUCGGCGUCCCUGCCACCCGCAGCAACCCCAAGGCCAUUACUGUCGCCGACGAGAAGCAGCCCGGCAACGCCAUCGACCUCUCGGCCAUGCCUCUGUUCAGCCCCUCCACCAAGGACCAGUUCGCCAAACUCCGUGAGGUCCUGGCUCCUCUUCUGGUACAGAACGCUAGAAAGGCUCAGUACACCCUGUUCAUGCAGGAAUUCGCCAAGGACAUUGUCAAGGAGCUCCCCAGCGACCAGAUCAAGAAGAUUGCUAGUGGCUUGACCACCCUCUCCAACGAGAAGAUGAGGGAAGAGAAGGAAGCAGCUAAGGGAGGCAAGAAGUCAAAGGCAGCCAAGACCAAGACCACUCUCGCGGGUGCUAGAAACCUUGAGACUGAUACAACUGCCUACGAUGACGGUCUCGACGAUGACGACUUCAUGUAAACGAUGACCGAGGACCGAGGACUGGGAGAAACUCAAGCUUGACUUCGAAAGCACCGGGUUUUCCUUGUGGAUAAUGGAUAGAGAGUACAAGAGGCAUUUGAACAGGGCGUACUUCAAGGCAUUGAAUGCAUGCUUCGAUAUGUUCUUGAUUAGCAACAUGGGCGUUUCAAUUAGCUGUUAGACAAAAGAACUGCAUUUUUCCGAUCAA